AUGAGGAUUAGUGAAUGCUUUAGUGUUGUUAGUGGAAUCUGGAUUAGUUUUGACACACAUAAGAGUAAUUUUCAUGCUUUCUUUGCUUCUGAUACUUUCCUGACCUUCCUCUUCUAUCUGAAGAUUCUUGGUGUGAUGGAUAAAUCAUGGAUUAAAAAGCCACGCAACACACUUGAGUAUCAUCGAGGAUUAAAUGGUUUUUUAGACUUUGCCUUUGAACACAGUUCUUCUGAGGGUACAAUUAUAUGUCCGUGUGAUAAAUGUGGUUUUAAGAAGUGGAAGACUCGACCAGAAGUCUUUGACCACUUAAUAUGUAAACCGUUUCCUGAAACUUACACAUUCUGGUGUGACCAUGGGGAGACUUUAUUGGGGGAAUCAGUUUCUGGUCCACCUAAUAUUCAAGAGAGCAUUGUAGAUGAAGAUGUUAUGCCACAUACAGUAAUUGAAGACCCAAUGCAGAAUAUGUUAAAGGAUGCUUUUGGAUUCUCUAGAAUGGAUGAUAAUGAAGAACACUCUCCAUCAUCAACAGAACAUGGUGAUGAAGGUGGAGGAGGCAUGCCUGAACGACAAUAUGGGGCAAGUGGUGCUAAAGAAUUUUAUGAUUUACUUCAAGAUGGAGAGCAACCAUUGUAUGAAGGAUGUACAAAGUUCUCAAAAUUGUCCUUCUUGGUGAAAUUAUAUCACAUUAAGUGUUUGUGUGGAGUUAGUGACAAAGAAAUGGGUAUGAUCAUUGAAUUGCUACAUGAAGCCUUCGAACAUGCGAAUAUCCCCGCAUCGGGUUAUGAGGCUAAAAAAGUCAUCAACAAGCUUGGUCUUAAGUACACCAAGAUACAUGCAUGCCCUAAUGAUUGUAUGUUAUAUUGGGGUGAAGAUGAAGAUAGAGAGAAAUGUAAAACAUGUGGGACAUCUAGGUGGGAGCCAUGUGGUAAAACAAAUGCAAGUGCUUCUCGAUUCAUUUCUACAAAGUCCCGAAAGAAGCUACCCGCAAAAGUUAUGCGGUACUUCCCGUUGAUCCCAAGGUUAAAAAGGAUGUUCAUGUCUUCAAAAACGGCUAAGAGUAUGGUUUGGCAUGAUGAGGUAAAUAACAAUGAUGGGAUGAUGAGGCAUCCAAGAGACUCCGAGGCUUGGAAGGAAUUUGAUCGGACACAUCAAAAUUUUGCAAAAGACCCUCGAAAUGUACGAUUGGCUUUAGCAAGUGAUGGAUUCAAUCCCUUUGGAUCUUUAAAAUCCAUUUAUAGUAUCUGGCCUCUAAUUCUGAUUCCAUACAAUACUCCUCCAUGGAUGUGUAUGAAGCCAACCAACUAUAUUCUUUCAACUGUGAUUCCUGGAAAGCGCGCGCCGGGUAAUGAUAUUGACAUCUACAUGCAACCUCUUAUAGAGGAGUUGAAAGUGUUGUGGGAAACAGGUGUUGAAACGUAUGAUGCUUCAAGGAAUGAAGUGUUCAUGAUGCGAGCAUGCCUAUUAUGGACCAUUAGUGACUUUCCUGGUCUCGGGGUGCUUUCCGGAUGGAACACAUAUACCGGGCUUGCUUGUCCAUCUCUUAACUUUGAUUCAAUUCCUCUUCGUCUUCCAUUUAGUAAAAAGUGGUGUUUCAUGGGUCAUCGACGCUUUUUGUCUAAAGGACACAAGUUUCGGUUGAAUAAAAUUCACCUUUUUAAUGGAAAAAUUGAGGAUAGGGAUCCACCAAAAGCAUUAUCAGGCUCUGAUAUUUUGGAGCAAGUACGUAAUGUGGAAGUCACAUUUGGCAAACCCCCAGAACCAGAAGACAAGAUAAAGAGAACUCGUGGGAAGAAGAGGAAGAAGCAAACGAAGAAACCAACUCAACAAUGGAAAAAGAGGAGUAUAUUGUUUCAACUUCCAUAUUGGGAGUUUAAUAAGUUGCGACACAAUUUAGACGUCAUGCAUAUCGAAAAGAAUGUGUGCGACAAUAUACUCUUCACAUUAAUAAAUGACAAAGAAAAGAGAAAAGAUCAUGCAGAGGCUCGAAAAGACUUGCGUGCAAUGGGUAUAAAAAGAGAACUUUGGCCACCUGAUGAUGGGAGUAAGUUCCCUGCUGCUUUGUUUACACUAUCGAAGGAAGAGAUAAGUGUUAUGUUGAGCACCUUAAAAGAUAUUACCGUACCAGAUGGCUACUCAAGCAACAUUUCUAGAUGUGUUGACCUAGUUCAGCACAAGCUCUUUGGUUUGAAAAGCCACGAUUCUCAUAUAUUGAUGGAGCAAUUGCUACCCCUGUCGAUUAGGAAUGUGCUACCUGUCCAAGUUGCUACAGUGAUUGUUGACUUAUGCACAUUUUUCAAGCUAUUAUGUGCCAAAGUGUUGGACCAUGGUGAACUAGACAAGCUUAAGGAACAAAUUGUUCUCACACUAUGUCAAUUGGAAAUGUUGUUUCCUCCAUCAUUCUUCACAGUUAUGGUUCACCUUAUGGUGCAUCUACCCGAUGAAGCCAAACUCGGAGGACCAGUGCAUUACCGGUGGAUGUAUCCCAUAGAAAGGUUCUUGGGGAAAUUGAAGUCAUAUGUGCGUAACCAAGCACAACCUGAAGGCUCGAUAGCAGAAGGUUGGAUCUCUGAAGAGAUACUUACAUUUUGUUCAAGAUACUUGGACAAUGAAAUUGAGACAAGAUUCAAUCGCGGAGGUCGUGUUGACGAUUAUCCGUACGAGUCUUCAUCACUUUUAUUUCCCAAUGUAGGCAAACCUGUUGGAGGUUCAUCUUAUUUCACUUUGACAGAGAGAGAAUGGCUACAAGCACAUCGCCAUGUGGAAUUUAGAAUUAUCACAAAAAGGAGAUUAAGGUCUCGAACAAGGUCGUCAACUGAGAUUGAGAAGGAAGUUCAUCGUGGCUUUGUGGAAUGGUUUAGGCGUCGUAUUAUGAAUGAUAGUUCUAUUGCACACUCUGAUGAUAUUUGUGCCCUCGCGCAAGGCCCGCUUCAACAAGCCAGAAGGUUUACUGCAUAUAAUGUUAAUGGAUAUAAAUUCUGA